AUGAAUUUCGACGAAAGGUAUCUUCAGCAGAAUCGAUUUCAAGCCUUGCCGCUUGAGCUAGCACUUCAAAUCGCUGGGACCGUACUGGGGUAUAUCUUUGCCAGUUUUAUGACGCCUAAUGGCCAUGUGUGGUCUACAAGAAACCACCUUUUGUCCACAAUUGGCUUUCAAACCCUAAGGACUACUUUUGUCAUCCUCACAUGUGGCCGCGACUCAAACCAUCUCAUCUACAAAAUCGCCCCGAAGGACCCCAAUUGGAUAUUCGUGGGCCCAGAGUUCCACGCACUCCAUCAUGUCUUCCCGGAUCGUUACAUCGGUUCGUUCAUUAAAGUCUUCGACUGGAUUUGGGGUACUGCCUACUCCUUCAGACGCAAGCGCUUUGCGAUCACCGGGGGAAGCGGAGCAUUUGGCCGUGCAAUUGUGAAAGAGCUCGAGCGUGAAGAAGGGGUAGCCUGUAUUCGCAAAUUGAAAUUUGGUACUGAUUGGGAUCAUCAUCAUUUUGAAAAAGCGCUCCCGGUGCUUUCUAACUCCGACGUUUUAAUACUGGCUCACGGCUCCAAUGGCGAGGACGCAGUUGCAUCAAACUGCGAUUCAGCUACCCGACUUGUCAAAUUAUUCAAGCAGCACAGAGCGACCAACCCCGCCUGCCCGGCGCUUCCGGAAGUUUGGUACGUUGGCAGCGAGAUUGAGUUCCAUCCAUCCUGGGGAAAUCUACGACUACAACGCUACUCUCAGUCAAAACGAACGUUCCUGCCGCACGCUCGUUCCUUUUUUGAUGACCCUGAUAUAAUUUACCGCCAUAUCGUUCCAUCCUCAUUUCACUCAUCCAUGGGAACUGCUGUAUUUUCUGCAGACUGGGCAGCCAAGUGUGCAAUGUGGUGGAUCCGACGAGGGGCCAGAUAUAUUCCCGUCACAUAUACGGGAAUUGCGUAUUUGAACUAUUUCAAGUUCAUGUAUCGCAUUCCUUACGCGCAGGAUGCGUAUCAAAUGUAA